AUGAAAUUAUUGAUUUUUUGUACUUUAUCGAUACUUUUCCAAUAUUUGACUUUAAUCAAAGCUGAUUCUACAACUUACAUUAGUACUUACUGGACAGGUACUUUCGCUACAACAUAUUCUACUUCUUUUUCAAAGACAACUAUUUUACUUAUACCAACAACUACCACAUAUUACUAUAUUUACACUCCAAGAGGAACUAUCUCUACUACUACCACAAACUUUAACUCUAUAACUCCAACUUUAACCACUGUUAUAUCAUUGACUACCACAGUUGGUAUAGAUGGCUAUCAGACAGAAGCAACGUAUACUGUAGUUUUUUACCCCAUAUAUUCGACAGCGUCUACUACAUCAGUAAGAUCGACAGUAACAAAUACUCAGCCCACGACCUUUUCUACAAUAACAUCAACCUAUACAGGAACAGAUGGUUCAAUUACGACAGAAAAAAUUUAUGAAGUAGCAAUACCUAAUAAUUUAUAUUUAUCUACUUCAAUAGAUGGAUGGACUGGUACGUACUCCACAACGUAUUCCACAAUAUUAACGGUAACCACAGGAACCGACGGGUCGACAACAACGGGAACGGUAUAUUAUGUUUAUACUAGUCGAAACUCAGGUAUAUCAGUUACCGUACCAUGGACAGGUAGUUAUACGACGUAUUAUUCAACUUCAGUCUCAUAUAGCACAACUGUCAUUCUCUUGAUCACAACAAUUAAUACAAGAACAUAUUAUUUUAUCAAUAUUCCAGAGUAUUUCUCUACUAUCACGACUACCGUAGGUGCUUCAGUAGCUUCAACUUACACGGCAAGUACUCUAUUUACCACCUUUACAGAUAUUAAUGGGAAUGUUACAACCGAGACAAUAUAUGUUAUUUAUACUCCCACUUAUAGAACAACUUCAACAAUCACAACUAGAAGCAACAUGGUAGGAACGUUGUCUUCGACGUAUUCUACAUUGGUUACGACAAUUACAGAUACUCUUGGGAACCAAACAACUGAAACAAUUUACUUUGUAGCCAUACCAGAUGCAUUGUUUAUGACUACAACUACAGCACCAUGGACUGGAGCAUAUACGUUAACUUAUUCUAAUAGUUUAACUACAACAACUGAUACUGCUGGAUUUCAAACAACUAUUACAGUCUACUAUGUUGAAACUCCAUUGCCUUGGGGUUGGUAUAUUACUACACAAUGGACAGGAACAUAUUCAACUUAUUAUCAAAGUGGAGUUACUCUAGCGUUUGGAUUUUUAGGAAAUCUUUGGGGUUUAUGGUUAUUCCCAUUAUACUACUUAGAAACGCCCACUAGGAACAUCUCUUUUACAAGUACAACUCAUCGUUGGACCUUGGCAACAACAUCUACAUCAAUCUCACAUGCUACAUUUAUUGGAAGUGAUGGACAACAAACAACAGAAACAAUUUAUUUUGUAUAUACACCUGCUCCAACCACAACCACUACUGUAUUUUCACAAGGGACUUUUUCUGGUUCAAUUUUGGUUACUUAUUCUACGCAGACUAUUACUACAGGAGCGGCUGAUAAUCUUAUUUAUGAAGUGAUUUAUUAUGUAGAAUUACCCUAUGCAUAUGUACCGACAAAUUCUUCUUUCACUGUUAGUACAACUUCAUUUGUUCCAUGGACUGGGAUUUUUUCCACAACAAUUUCUACAAGUAAAUAUACGACAUUGGAUGAAAUAAGUAGUACUUUAGGUAAUUGGGUCAUGGAAGUUGUCAUAGUAUAUACACCAAUUAUAAAUUCACAAAGCUCGUCCUUUACCUACUGGACAGAUUCUACUACUAGUACUUUUUCAACACUAAUUUUUAUUACAACAGAUAAAAUGGGAAUUGAAACUACUGAGACGUUAUAUUUUAUUUAUACACCCACAAUGGUGAUAUAUUCAACUAGAUAUUAUCCAUUAUCAGGAAUGGGUAGUACGACAACUAUUUCAACCGAAGUGACGACAUUUACUGGAAUAAAUGGGUGGGAAACCACAAAAACGAUAUAUGAUAUUGCAGUUCCGACCAAUGGUGGGCAAACCACGAUCUUCACGUCAUGGACAGGUACUUUUAUUUCCAUGUAUUCUACAUCAGUAUCGAUUGGUGUCUUGACAACAGUCACAUAUUACUACAUUGAAACGCCUGUAAACACAGGGACCAUAUCAUAUAUAGCAUGGUACGGUACUUAUACUUCUACUUUAUUCACAAUAACUUCCACUAGUUAUGGAUACUCAAGCACAUUUCUAGGUGCUUGGACAAUUUCUAUAUAUAUUGUUGAAACCCCUACCUUUUCUACAACCAUUUCAACACUAACUCCAUGGCUACUUUCUAUCACUUCAACAUACCUGACAAUAUUUAUUACAUUUACAGGAACCGAUGGAAAUGUUACGACAGAAAAAAUAUAUUAUAUCUAUACACCAUAUAGAGCAACAACGACAACGACGAUAUUAUCUUGGACAGGGUCCUAUACAACAACAGUAUCAACUACAACUCAAAUAUUUACCGGCCCUGAUGGUAACGAAACAACUAUAACUACUUAUAUAAUCGCAACCCCAACAUUACCAUCUGCAUCCUCGUUGCCCUCCCCAUACACUACCACUGUAACUAGUGGCACGCUGACCGAAACCGAUGUGGUUUCGUUCUACACCACUACAGAUUCUCUCGGAAACGUAGUCACGACGUCCACAACGUAUGUUGUUUCUGCAUCCUCGUUGCCCUCCCCAUACACUACCACUGUAACUAGUGGCACGCUGACCGAAACCGAUGUGGUUUCGUUCUACACCACUACAGAUUCUCUCGGAAACGUAGUCACGACGUCCACAACGUAUGUUGUUUCUGCAUCCUCGUUGCCCUCCCCAUACACUACCACUGUAACUAGUGGCACGCUGACCGAAACCGAUGUGGUUUCGUUCUACACCACUACAGAUUCUCUCGGAAACGUAGUCACGACGUCCACAACGUAUGUUGUUUCUGCAUCCUCGUUGCCCUCCCCAUACACUACCACUGUAACUAGUGGCACGCUGACCGAAACCGAUGUGGUUUCGUUCUACACCACUACAGAUUCUCUCGGAAACGUAGUCACGACGUCCACAACGUAUGUUGUUUCUGCAUCCUCGUUGCCCUCCCCAUACACUACCACUGUAACUAGUGGCACGCUGACCGAAACCGAUGUGGUUUCGUUCUACACCACUACAGAUUCUCUCGGAAACGUAGUCACGACGUCCACAACGUAUGUUGUUUCUGCAUCCUCGUUGCCCUCCCCAUACACUACCACUGUAACUAGUGGCACGCUGACCGAAACCGAUGUGGUUUCGUUCUACACCACUACAGAUUCUCUCGGAAACGUAGUCACGACGUCCACAACGUAUGUUGUUUCUGCAUCCUCGUUGCCCUCCCCAUACACUACCACUGUAACUAGUGGCACGCUGACCGAAACCGAUGUGGUUUCGUUCUACACCACUACAGAUUCUCUCGGAAACGUAGUCACGACGUCCACAACGUAUGUUGUUUCUGCAUCCUCGUUGCCCUCCCCAUACACUACCACUGUAACUAGUGGCACGCUGACCGAAACCGAUGUGAUUUCGUUCUACACCACUACAGAUUCUCUCGGAAACGUAGUCACGACGUCCACAACGUAUGUUGUUUCUGCAUCCUCGUUGCCCUCCCCAUACACUACCACUGUAACUAGUGGCACGCUGACCGAAACCGAUGUGGUUUCGUUCUACACCACUACAGAUUCUCUCGGAAACGUAGUCACGACGUCCACAACGUAUGUUGUUUCUGCAUCCUCGUUGCCCUCCCCAUACACUACCACUGUAACUAGUGGCACGCUGACCGAAACCGAUGUGGUUUCGUUCUACACCACUACAGAUUCUCUCGGAAACGUAGUCACGACGUCCACAACGUAUGUUGUUUCUGCAUCCUCGUUGCCCUCCCCAUACACUACCACUGUAACUAGUGGCACGCUGACCGAAACCGAUGUGAUUUCGUUCUACACCACUACAGAUUCUCUCGGAAACGUAGUCACGACGUCCACAACGUAUGUUGUUUCUGCAUCCUCGUUGCCCUCCCCAUACACUACCACUGUAACUAGUGGCACGCUGACCGAAACCGAUGUGGUUUCGUUCUACACCACUACAGAUUCUCUCGGAAACGUAGUCACGACGUCCACAACGUAUGUUGUUUCUGCAUCCUCGUUGCCCUCCCCAUACACUACCACUGUAACUAGUGGCACGCUGACCGAAACCGAUGUGGUUUCGUUCUACACCACUACAGAUUCUCUCGGAAACGUAGUCACGACGUCCACAACGUAUGUUGUUUCUGCUUCCUCACCUUCAUCUGCCGUCUCUACAGCUACAGCAACUACCACUACUACUGCUGCUGCUACUAAUACUACAACUAAUACUACAACAACAACUACAACUACAACUACAACUGCUACCACUUCUAUUUCCAUUUCCUCAAUUGUUUCCGAUUCUCCCACGACGACCACUACUACUACUACAGUAGUUUCUCCUACAAUAUCUAUUUCACCAACAACUACUACCACUACCACUACAACAAUAAGUACGACUACUACCAGCAGUACUACCACAGCUCUUUCUACUACUUCUGUUAUUACAACUACUACGACAACAGCCACCACCUUGAGCUUAAGCACUACGACAGUUACAUCUACUACUACAACGGGUUCUCAAAACUUUGCAGUGCCUUUAUCCCAAGCGAGAAAUUCUUUACAGGCACUCAUUCCUUUAAUUUUUAUUAGUUUCUUUGUAUAA